AUUGCCUAGCAAUAAUGAAUUUCACUAUACCUAGAUUUACCUGCCUAGAACAAACAAAAACUUAUUAUCAACAGCGUGAAUCAGAUCAAAACAGCAAGCUGUAUACACUUCUCAAUAUACUUUAAUAUUCUCUACUGCAAGCCUAUGCUUCUUAUUUGGAAACCUGUAAAACAGACCUGGUGCUCAGCGUGCUACUUUAAAUCAAUGCAUCAGGGAUAUUGUCAAUGAGCCAUAUGGAUCAUUUUGUACCACACAAUAGGCUUGCUGAUAGAACUAGAGUCUGAAUUAACGAAGACAAAAUUUCAAUCACAGAUUUGACAACAUAUAUAAAAUACGUGAAUUUCAAAGCAAGGGACACAAAUACUGAAAAAUGUGUCAUCUCUUCCUCGAAGGAUAUUUCCAAAUAUGUGUAGAUACUUCUUCUUUCUCUCUUGUAAACACCGCCAUAUUUUGUUUAUUAUCUGAGUCAACUACGAUGCGUUACUUUGUCAAGACGUGUAGUUUAUCUUUGCAAUCAUCUUUGUCUGUCCCUUUGUUAGUUUCGCAAGUAAACGUAGCAUCUAGGCCAGCGGGAUAACCAUGGUGUUUUCAUUGAAUAGAAAAUUAGCUAUUCUUAUUCAAAUUUUGUUUGUUCAUGUUAUUUCAUGGUUAAAGAUAUCAACCGACACUUUGAUAGAAAGCUGUUUCGGCAUCAAACGAUUGCACAAUAAGCAUUAAUGCUGACCAUAGGGCAUCAAAUGCCGUUUGAUGCUUUGGGAAACAAUCGUUCUUCGCUUGCUUGUAAUGAUGGAGUCUUGUGCAUUUAUGGGAUACACACACAACGAUGGCGCUGUGUUUCAGUUCACCUAUUACAUCGUUGCAACACUACUGCUGGCUCUUUCUUUGCCGACAGUUCUAGUAAACAUUGCAAUAGUGUCAGCAAUAAUAUUCAAACGAGAAUUGCGUACCCCAGCCUAUUUGGUCAUAGCAAAUCUGGCAAUAUCUGACUGUCUGGCAGGAUGCUUUGUCUACCCCUGCUAUUCUGUAGUUUGUAUCCAGCUUGCGUUGGGAUACGACCCGUGUACGGUUGCAUUCGUUGGUACGCCGUUGGGCUACAUCUUUGGUCUGACGUCAUACAAUACAAUCGCUUUACAAACUAUAGAAAGGUAUCUAGCAGUGUUCUUUCCUUACUGGUAUCACGAAAAACUUACCACAAAGGUAAUCGUUAUUGCGAACGUGUCAACGUGGCUUUUAUCGCUCAGUAUCGUAACGUUAUGGUUGAUUACGAAAGACAAUCAAAUAUUUAAUGGCAUACUUGGCCCAUUAUCGGCCGUUGCGUUUUGCGUUACAGUAGUAAGUUACGUUAGAAUAUUUCAAGAGGUUCGUAAAAUCGAAAAGCAGAUCAAGGAGCAGCAAGUGAGAUGUUCAGCUGAGCAACGAAAGAUCAAGUCUGAAUCUAAAGUCGCAAAAGCAACAGUGAUAAUUCUUCUAGCUGUAGUGGUAUGUUAUUCUCCACUAUUGAUUUUUGAAUUCGUUAUUGCUUUCGUAAAUAUAAAGAGCAGCGCUGCUUCCGUGUCAUUGUACUGGUGGUGGUUUUUAGCUAUCGGUAACUCAUCGAUAAAUCCUUACAUAGCUUGCAGGCAGCUAUCCGCCUUGAGAAGGUCUGUUAAAAGCAUGUUCAGAUGGCUGCCCGUUUUUGGGAGAAAGAUAGAGUCCUUCGACCAGCUGACGUCAUUUGCACCAUCCAGGACAAGUCAAACAGACCUAAAAAAACAUUCGCUUUUUACCAAAAGUAAUUAAUAUGGAAUUUUAAUUCCAUGUCUAAAAACACCUACCUGCUGUUAACGUGGUGUUUUUCUACAAACAUUGAUGACUGAACAGCAUAUAUUCACGUUGUCACAACAAAUACCACUUGCUGGCUUUUCAUAUGCUAAGAAACAAUUACGAAUCAGCAACGCUGAUUAGAGCACCAAAAAUUUCAAAAAACUAUUUAUCAUAAAUUACGAUAAUCAUUCAUUUUCUUAAUAUUCGAAUCUUUUGGUAUUUAUCUAUUACUGAAACCAAUUUACAUUAUGACAUAGUUGUGCCAAGUAUGGAAAAAACUUUGCCGUCAGAUAUCACAAAGAAGAGGCAAACAAUUUCGUCCUCAAAUGUUUUUCCUGAGAAAACAAAAAAUGGUCUUUGUACUAAAAUUUUCCCCCUCUUAAAACUCGGUAUUUUCUCACAAAAAAAUACUUUUUUCCCAUAACCAGAUUUGAUUCUAAAAAGGAACGAUAUAAAGGAGCGAUUUAAUCUGUUUUGAAAUAAAAAGUUUUCCAAAAAUUUCCACCAUGUUUCUUUAACCAAAAUUUGACCCCUCACAAAACUUGUUGUCUUCUCAUGUAACAUAAGAUCUAGAGAGCAACAAAAUCCUUUCAAAGAACCAGAAUUUAACCCCUAACUACUCAAACGUCGCAUUUGUUCCCACAAAUUACUGUUAAUGGUUUAAGCCAUAUCCAUCAAAUGCUGAAUCUACUAUUUUUGGAAAAGGAGGAGCUUCGAAAACUUCUAUUUUUGUCACAAAUUUCUGUCACAAAUAGGAACCAGCUUCCAACGCAUAUUUUACCGGCUUUAUGAAGUUAAACACUAUAACCUAAAAGGGACAGUAUUUCUUUAGCCAAGAAAGUUACUAGAUGGCUAUAAAUCCUGCGUGAUAGCAGUUUUGAUGGCAAUUUCAUGCCAAUAUUCGUUUGCCUGAGCGUAUGUAAAUACGGGCUAGAUCUUGUUGAUUGUAAUCAGUUGUUUAGCGCAUGUUAUAAAUGUUGAAAAGGCCAUACCUUUAUUUUGCUUGUUAAUUAUAAUAUCAAACAUACUCUCUCUUUGGUUUCAAUCUACUAACUACAAACGAUUGUAUUUAAAGCAUAUUUGAGUCCUGGCCAAAUGGCCCAACGUUCUCCUCAACAGUUGUUGCACGUAUUUGCAUGUUUAAUUUCAGUGGUCGGCCGAAGAGAUACCAUAUCUCGCGCAACAUUUGUCCCACUUAUUUAAAAAAUGAACUUGGUUCAAAUCGCUGAUGUAAUCUAACAUUUUAUUUUCUUGUGUUUUUACUUCUUUGAACUUAAGCGGGGAAAGCCCUUCUCGAAUAAAUAAACAGAGAAAGAAAACCAAGCAGUCCAGCGCGCAUGCGUGAAUGCAGUAAAUGAUGCAAGACCUGCCCAAUAAGUGUAGCAUUUGUUGCACGAUGACGCUGCAACAAUUCUGACUGGUUUUAUUCUCGGUGCAAUUAUCUCUAUGGGUGUAAUUCAACAAAUGAAGCAUGGGUAGCUAAACGAUACCUUUGCAACUAUAUACUACACAAAUUGCAUCGUUUGAUCCGGACUUAAAUGACCAUUCUAUCACGUCGAUAGUGAUAGGCUGAAUAAAACGUUAAAGCUUUUUUG